UGAAGCUGCAGUCGUUGAUUUGGUGUUGGAGGAAAAUGCGUUUCUCCGGGAGGAAAAUCGCCUGUUACGCCAACAGAUCGAGGGGCUUACACUGAGGCAGCGGUUCGGCAUUCAUCGUUUUGCUGCCUCGGACAAGGAUAUCAGGUUCUUUACAAGGUUUGCAUCAUAUGAUCUACUGAUGCGUUUCUGGGGCUUGAUUGCGAACUCACUACCAUCCAUGCGGGACCUUGCUGACCGGUAUGGUAUUCAUCAGUCCACGGUCAGCAGAAUCAUUACUACAUGGAGCAACUUCCUGUUCACAGUACUCGGCUCAGUGAGGAUCUGGAUACCUGAAGAGGAGAUACAGAGAAAACUGCCUGCAGACUUCAAGGACUACCCCGACACCACAGUCAUCCUUGACUGCACUGAGCUGAGGUGUCAAUGCCCAUCUUCCCCUCUCCUCCAAAGUGAGGUAUUUUCCUCCUACAAGUCCCACUGCACUCUGAAGGGGCUCAUUGGGAUCGCGCCACAUGGGCCAGUGACAUUUGUGUCUGCGCUGUAUGCUGGGUCUAUCAGCGACAAACAGAUUACCCGUGAAUCUGGUCUCCUCAGUCUGCUCAAACCUGGGAUGGCUGUCAUGGUAGACAGAGGUUUCCUCAUUAAUGACAUUGUGCCCUGCAAGGUUUACAGGCCAGCCUUCCUCUCUGGCAGGCCUCAAAUGUCUGCAUCUGAGGUUAGGGAGACCCAGGCCAUAGCACGUGUAAGGGUGCAUGUGGAGCGCUUCAUUCGCCGGGUCAAAGAGCACAAUUUUUUCGAUUCUGUGAUUCCCCUACGGGUUUUUGGGAGCAUCAACCAACUGUACACGGUGGCUUGUCUCCUUACAAACUAUGAAAAUGGGCCACUGGUAAAGGCCUGGGCAAAGAAGCCUGAGAUCUGAGGAUUUCCAACGUGCAACCACACUGUAUAUUUAUACACUUUCAUAAAGGCACUGCAUAUCAGGCUUUCAG